UGUGCGCGAUGACGUCACGACUCCUUCGUGGAGAAAAAAGGAACGGUGGACGCCGUGGCUACCGCAGGCUCGCGAAUUUCUCUGGUUUUGAUGACGAAAUUGAACUGGUACCGCUAAAGACACGAGUUGACCUUUAAACUGAGUUCGUGUGCUUGUGUGAAGUUGUGUCCCUUGUGGGUGCAGACAUAAUGUCCGCCUCCGCUAUAUUUGUGUUGGAUCUCAAGGGGAAGGUUCUGAUUUGUCGGAACUACAAAGGCGAUGUGAACAUGGCAGAGAUUGACCACUUCAUGCCUUUACUUAUGCAGCAUGAGGAGGAAGGGCUCCUCUGUCCUGUAAUGUCGCAUGGCAGUGUUCACUUCAUGUGGAUCAAACACAGCAACCUCUACCUUGUGGCCACCUCAAAUAAGAACUCCAACGCCUCCCUUGUUUACUCAUUUCUCUACAAACUGGUUGAGGUUUUCACAGAGUACUUCAAAGAGCUGGAGGAGGAGAGCAUACAGGAUAAUUUUGUUGUUGUCUAUGAGCUGUUGGAUGAGCUGAUGGAUUUUGGAUUCCCUCAGACCACCGACAGCAAGAUCCUUCAGGAAUACAUUACUCAGGAAGGUGCUAAGCUUGAGGUGGCAAAGUCCAAGGUGCCAACUACUGUCACCAACGCUGUCUCCUGGCGGUCAGAGGGUAUCAAAUACAAAAAGAAUGAGGUCUUCAUUGAUGUCAUUGAGUCCAUUAAUGUACUGGUGAAUGCCAACGGAAGUGUGAUGAGCAGUGAUAUUGUGGGCAGCAUCAAGCUGAAGACCAUGCUGUCAGGGAUGCCUGAACUGCGCCUUGGCCUCAAUGAUCGAGUGCUUUUUGCCCUCACUGGACGCGACAAAGGAAAGACAGUGGUGAUGGAGGAUGUGAAGUUCCAUCAGUGUGUCCGUCUCUCACGCUUUGAGAGCGAUCGUACAAUCUCCUUCAUUCCUCCAGACGGGGAGUCUGAACUCAUGUCCUACCGCAUCAAUACACAUGUGAAACCUUUGAUAUGGAUUGAAUCAGUCAUAGAGAAAUUCUCUCACAGUAGAGUGGAAAUCAUGGUUAAGGCAAAGGGUCAGUUUAAAAAACAGUCUGUGGCAAAUAACGUGGAAGUGAGGGUCCCUGUCCCCAGUGAUGCUGACUCACCCAAGUUCAAAACCAGCACAGGCCACGCCAAAUAUGUUCCAGAGAAGAACCUGGUGGUGUGGACCAUUAAGUCUUUCCCAGGAGGUAAAGAGUUUCUCAUGAGAGCUCACUUUGGUUUGCCCAGCGUGGAGAAUGAUGAGAUUGAGGGCAAACCUCCCAUUACAGUCAAAUUUGAAAUCCCUUACUUCACAGUCUCAGGAAUACAGGUGAGGUAUAUGAAGAUCAUAGAAAAAAGUGGUUACCAGGCGUUACCCUGGGUCCGCUACAUCACACAGAGCGGAGAUUACCAGCUAAGGACCAAUGUGUGAAGCUUGAGGGGGUAUUUAAGUGUUUUUCCUCGCUCCCAGGACUUACAGAGGAAAAUAACUGAUCACUUUAAGUGGACUGAAAGGAUGUCUUUAAAAUUUCAUUUGCCCUAUGUAAUAUUAAUGAUUUGUUUUAUUAAGUCUGCGUGCAACAUGAUUUUAAUGCUUCUACAAAUGAUUGAAAUGUUUGAUCAAACUAUUACCUUAAAACACUUAAACACCA